AUGAAAUUGCUGAAACCUAACUGGAUCUCUCAUGACGGCCAUCCUAUAUUCUCUGUUGAUAUACAUCCUGAUGGAUCUCGUUUUGCUACAGGGGGACAAGGGGCCGAUACUGGGCGAAUUGUGAUAUGGAAUAUGUCUCCCAUUACUGAUGAGGCCGAUGAAAAGGAUGAAAAUGUUCCAAAGUUGUUAUGCCAAAUGGACAAUCAUUUAGCUUGUGUAAAUUGUGUGAGGUGGUCAGGCAAUGGUAAAUAUUUAGCUUCUUGUGGCGAUGACAAGGUCCUCAUGAUAUGGCAGAUCGGAAGAUAUGGCACUGGCUCAACAGCAUUUGGUAGUGGUGGAAAAAUGGUUAAUGUUGAACAUUGGAGAUGUGUUAGUACGCUAAGAGGACAUUCUGGAGAUGUCCUUGAUUUGGCUUGGUCUCCUCGAGAUGCUUGGCUGGCUUCUUGCAGUGUAGAUAACACUAUUGUUAUAUGGAACACUCUGAAAUGGCAAGAGAUAACUGCUGUGCUCAAAGGCCAUAGUGGUUUAGUAAAAGGCGUUUCUUGGGAUCCUGUUGGAAAAUAUAUAUCAUCUCAGUCUGAUGAUAAAACUUUGCGAGUCUGGAGAACCCACGACUGGCAACAAGAAGCUGUAAUCACAGAACCCUUCCUCGAGUGUGGAGGUACAACACAUGUCCUUCGUUUGAGCUGGUCUCCCGAUGGCCGGUAUUUGGUUUCUGCCCAUGCCAUGAAUAAUUCUGGGCCAACUGCUCAAAUUAUUGAGAGAGAUGGUUGGAAAGCAAACAGGGAUUUUGUAGGCCAUAGGAAAGCUAUUACUUGUGUUCGGUUUAAUCCAAAUAUUCUAUGUAAAAUUAGUAAAGACUCGGAAAAAAUAGAACAUUUUUGUUGUUGUGCAAUUGGAAGUCGUGACCGAUCUCUGUCUGUUUGGCUGACUUACAUGAAAAGGCCCCUUGUUGUUGUUCAUGAUUUGUUUUCAAAUUCUGUCCUUGAUAUUUCAUGGAGUCAAAAUGGUAAAGAGUUAAUAGUUUGUUCAUGGGAUGGUACAGUGGCUUACAUUGGUUUUGGAGAUGAAGAAAUUGGGAAACCAGCUUCAGCUGAAGAAAAGAAUCAUUUACAUCAAAGUUUAUAUGGAAAAAGUAUGGCCAUGACAAAUCAUACUGCUUCAUCUGCUUUAUCUGUUGUUGAAAAUCCAGAAAUUUUAAAGUUUCAAGAAGAAAUAAAGAUUAAAGAAGAAGAAGAAUCCAAAGACGCAUCUGACAACUGUACAUCUCCUACUUUACCUGUUUUAAAUGAAAUUGGUAUUCCAAAGCUAGAACUUCAAUCAUCAUCGAAUUCACAGUGUAGCAGACCAUUACCUCAUAUAAAAGGGCCUACAGAUAAACAAAUUGAAACAAGGCUGGCAGAUGGAAGAAGAAGAAUAACACCAUUAUUCAUUCCUCCGCCUCCUGACAUUGGGGAGGCGCCUGCUCCUUUCAACAGUCGUGCACCACCAACAUUUAGUUCAUCUUCAGAAAGCAAAAGUAAAAUAGUUAUUGAAAAAAGAGAUGAAUCAUGUGAAGCUAUGAAUUUUAACUCAUCAAGUAGAGGAGAAAACAUGGUUCCUGCUGGUAACUCGAUUACAUCAUCAUCUGCUCCAGUAACAUUUUCUUCUACUUCAAUAAUUAGCACUAUAAGUGCAGUAACUGCUACCACAACAACUGUUACUUCCAUCAAAACAUCAGUCAUAUCAAGCACUCCUCCAUCUGUACCUGUUUCAACAAAUGUAUCAUCAAUUAAGCAAACAUCAAAUGCAGUGUCAUCUGUUGCAACAAUGAAUCAUAAAGGAGCACAGGAAGAAACUCUAAUUAAGCAAGAGACCAUUACACCUGUACCCACUGAACAAAUGCAAGAUAAACAAACAUCUGUUUCAACCACCAAAAUUAAAGAAACUUCAUUGCCACCUAAAACUCCUGAGCCUGCAACAACACCUGUACCACAAAAGAGGAAAGCAGAAAUCCAAACAGUGAAACCUGAGAAAAAAAAACCAGGAAGGCCACCCUUAUCACAAACGCAGCAGCAAACUCAAAAAGCAGUACCAGAAAAAGUGGUUGUUCCUGAAAAACCUGUGAUUCCUGAAAGAGUUGCUCAGUCUAGCUCAUCACUUCACCUGCCUUCGUUAAAAGUCGACAAAAAAGCCAAUGUUUUAAUUUAUCAUGACAAAUCAACCGGAGUUCCAGUGUAUCUUGAGCUUGAAAAUAAUAUUGCUGCAGGAUCUGGAGUUCUAAUACAUAGGCUGAAAUGUUUGGCUGCUGCUUCUUUAAAAUGGGAAAUUGCAUUAAACAGUCGAGGUACAGCUGUAGCUGGGAGCAUGUUCAUGUGCUGUGUUGUUUGUGACGAUAAUACUCUAUCUGUGUUUUCUCAUAAUGGCCGCCGGCUAUGUCCGCCCAUUGUUUUAACAUCAUCAGCUACUAGACUAACUUGUAGCAAUCAAUAUGUGAUGGUCAUAACUUCUAAAGGUUACAUGUCUGUCUGGGAUUGCUCGAAGUUGAACAGCAUGAUUCAAAAUGAAUCUUUAUUGCCAAUAAUGCAAGAUGACGCAUCUGGAGAUCUUUCAGUUAGAGGAACAGGGCUUAGUGAUAAUGGUAUUCCUAUGGUUAGUUUAUCGAAUGGAAAAUCUUACAUUUUCAGUGCUGAUAUGAAAUCUUGGUUGCUAUUAAAUACUGCAAACAAUGCCUUACAAUUGUGUUCUGAUCAUCAAUUAAGGUUUUCUCCACAAGAUCUUUCAAAUGGUAAAAUAUUACCUCUUGCUGCACUCCAAGGGCAAACUCAAAGCAAAAUGAUGCGACUCGCUCGUGGGAUUCUGAAUAGUGAUCCGAACAUGAGACAGAUAGGAACUUUAAGUCAUUUAGAUUGUCAGCUUGCAGCUGCUUUAAGUUUGCAGUCUAGUAAGGAGUAUAAAUUUUGGCUGCUAUCUUUAGUGAGAUAUUUGGUUCAAGAAGGUUUAGAAUCAAGGUUACGUGAUGUUUGUGAUAGCCUACUUGGUCCAGUUAUAAAAACUGCUAAAAGUUCUGGUUGGGAGCCAAAUAUUUUGGAGUUGCAAAAAAGAGAGCUUUUGAAAGAAAUCUUAACUAUUAUUGGAACAAAUCUCAGGUUCCAGAGGCUAUUUGUUGAAUAUAGAGACCAAUUAGAACUGGUGGUUUGA